GCGAUUCCUGAAAUUCGGGACUUGGUCGCAUGGGCUCUCUAGCUCCCUGUAGGAAAAUGGGCACACGCUUUGUACCAAGAACCGUGUCAUCAUAUGGAAUGUAUUGUUGAGCUAAAAGUCACAUAAGAGGCUGAGGGCGGGCGGUACUUCUAGAUGGCGUUCUGUGCAGAGCCGUUCUAGGUUUACAGCAAGGAGUACUGCUGUUACACAAACAAUGGGAGACAGGGUGAAUGACGUGUUGCGGGCCAUGCAGCUGGCCCGAGCCAGGUCCCGCCAAGCCGCUGCGUCGGCUGCCAGCAACGCCACGCAACAGCAGUCGCGUGCUGCUGCAACGGGCCCGGCGGCGGCCGCGGAGGGGCACGGCAAGCGCCCGGCCGGUGCCGGCGCGGGCGUGGCAGCUGCGCGGCCAGUCGCCGCCCCAGCUCCGUCUGCAGCCGCAGGCACGGGACCCAAGCCUGUAACCGUAACAGCAGACGUCGUACAGUCAACCGCCGCCAGCUCCCAGCCGGAAGCGGCGUCGUCUGCAGUGGCGGGCGCAAAAGCAGCGGCAGCGGGGACGGCGGCGGCGGCGGCAGGGUCGGACGGGGGUAAGGGCGGGGGUGGCGGCGCGGUGGCAGCGACGGCGACGGAGGUUACACCGCAAGCCUCAACGCCGGCUCAGGGCUCGGCGCCGCUGCUGCCGGAGCCUGCGCCGCCCACCGGGGCGCCGGCUACCGGGCCCGCAGCGGCAGCCGCAACAGCUGCGAACGACGAUGGCGGCGGGGCACGGGGCGAUGUGGUGAAUGCGGCGGCGCCAGCGGCGGAUGUGAUGCCGCCGCCGCAUCAGCCCCAGCAGGAGCCGCAGCAGGAGCCCAAGCCGGACGCGAAGCAGGAGCCGAAGCAGGAGCCGAAGCAGCAGCCGGCGAGGAAAGCGAAGGGCUCCGCCGCGUCACCCGCGGGCAAGGGUGCGGGCAAGGGCGCGGGCAAGGGCGCAAGGGUGGGGGCGGCAGCCAAGGCUAAGUCAGAGCCCGAGGCCGAUGCGGGUGCGCCAGCGGCAGUAGCGCCUGCACCCGCGCCCGCGCCCGCGCCCGCACCUGCACCUGCGCCUGCACCCGCACCUGAGCCUGCACCCGCGCCGGCAGCCGUGCCGUGUGCUGCGGUGCUGAAGCCGACUGCCCUCGCGGCCGCGCCCGACGGGCCGGUGGCGGCACCCGGCAGCCUGGAGCAGCAGGAGGGCGGUGCGGCGGCGGCAGAGGCGGCGGCGGCGGCGGUGGCUACGGCGACGGGUACGGCGACGGCGCCUGUUGCGGCGGCAAGUGGCGGCGGCGGCUCAGACACUGUUGCAGUUGGCGGCGGCGGUGGCGGCGGUGACGGGGUGGUGGAUGUGGCCGCGGGCUUGCCCGAGCCGCCUCCGACGGCGGCGGUGGCACAGGCGGCGGCGGCGGCGGCGACACAGGCGGCGGCAGGUGCGGCGGUGGAUGCAGGCGGCGGCAUCGCUGCGCAGCCGCAGGAGCAGCCGCAGGAGGCGCCGCCGCCGCCGCAGCAGCUGCGGCAACCGCAGCAGCCGCAGCAGCCGCAGCAGCCGCAGCAGCCGCAGCAGCUGCAGCAGCUACAACAGCCGCAGCAGCCGCAGCAGCCGCAGGGGGCGCAGGGGGCAGGGCGGAAGCGGCCUGUGCCUGUGCGGGGGGAGCAGCAGGCGGGGCUGGGCGAGAUGGAGGUGGAGGUGGAGGUGGAGGUGGAGGUGGCGGCAGCUGAGGCCGCGGGUGAGGCCGCGGGCCCACCCGCCAAGCGCCAGGCCGUGGCCGCAGCCGCCACACACGCGCCGCCGCGUCACCCGCAGCAGCAACAACAUCAGCAGCCGCCGCCACCGGCGCCGCCCCAUCCGGAGCAGCAGCAGCAGCAGCAGCAGCAGCCGCAGGCGACAGCGUCAGCCGCCGCGCCAGAUCCCGCACCUGCGCCUGCGCCUACGGUUUCCCCGGCCACAGCCGCCUCUCCCGCCUCCCCUGCAGCAGCAGCCCCCACCGCCAUCGCCGCCACCUCUCAGGCAGCGGCCGCCACCACCUCCCCACCCGCUGCCGCCGCCACUGCCGCCACCUCCCCGGCCGCCUCCCCAGCCGCCGCCACUGCCUCCCCGGCCGCCACUGCUCCAGCCGCCACUGCUCCAGCCGCCACUGCUCCAGCCGCCACUGCUCCAGCCGCCACUGCUCCAGCCGCCACUGCUCCAGCCGCCACUGCUCCAGCCGCCGCCACUGCCUCCCCGGCCGCCACUGCUCCAGCCGCCACUGCUCCAGCCGCCGCUGCUCCAGCCGCCACUGCUCCAGCCGCCACUGCUCCAGCCGCCACUGCUCCAGCCGCCACUGCUCCAGCCGCCGCUGCUCCAGCCGCUGCCGCCGCCGGCUCGCUGGCAGCCCAGGAGGCGGCGCUGCGGCGGCACCUGGGCGUGGUGGCGGGGCGGCUGAGGGAGGGGACCAUGCCCGUCAGCAGGCAGAGCAAUGAGCUGCGCCCGCUGACGGAUGCUGAGCGGUCCAAGUUCCAGGAAGCCGCCGCGAAGCUGGAGCGCCAGAUCCACGCCCUGCAGCAGCAGCAGCAGGCACAACAGCAGGCACAGCAACCUAAGCAGGCGCAGCAGACGCAGCAGGCGCAGCAGGCGGCGGUGGCGCAGCCUCAGGCAGGGCCGCGCACUGUCAGCCCGGCGGCCGCGGCGGGCGGUGGGGCGGCGGGCGCAGCUACAGCGCCCGCCGGUGCUGCUGCUACUGCCGCUGCUGCUACUGCUGCCGCUGCAGGCGCCACCGGCCUGGCUGCAGUGAUUGCUGCCCGCGGGGCGGUGGUAUGGCAGGGUCCGGGUAGGCCCGCCAUGACUACGGCCCCAGCCGCCAAUGGCGGUGGCGGCGCCGCCGCACGGGCAGUCUCCGGGGCGGCGGCGGCGGCAGCGACGGCGGCGGCGGCCCCGAGCGGCGCCGGAGGUGGCGGCUCUGCGGCGCCGGCAUUGCCCGUGGCGAUACCGGCCAGCGGCCUGCUGCGCGCGGCGGCACAGGCAGCGGUGAUACAUGCAGCGGCGCAGGCGGCGGCGCGGCAGGCGGCGGCGGCGGCGGCGGCAGGGGCGGGCGGUGCAGUGGGCGUGGGCGCGCCCGGUCGUGGCGCGGGCGCCGUGGCCGACGCGGCGGGUGGCGGCAAAGGCCCGGAGCACCUGGCGGCGCUGCGGGCGGUGAUCGAGAGCCUGUCCGCCACAGGCAUGGAGGAGCUGGAGCCGCCGCCGAAGACGCUGCAGGUGACUGUGCUGCGCCACCAGCGCAUGGCCCUGGCCUGGAUGCUGCGGCGGGAGACGGGGCCGGAGCCGCGGGGCGGCAUACUGGCAGACGACCAGGGCCUGGGCAAGACCGUCACCACCAUCUCCCUCAUCGUCACGCACACCAACCCCGAGGACAGCGCACCGGGCGCAGCCGAAGCGGCAGCAGCAGCAGCAGCAGCAGCCGCGGCCGAGGGAGGCGGUGCCGAAGGCGCUGCCGCCAAUGGCGCCGGCGCAACGGCAGCAGCUGCAGCUGCAGCGGCAGGGGCCCCAGGGGUUGCGGCGACCAGCGGCGGUGGGGCCGGGCACGGGCACUUGGGCGGGCCGGGCAGCUCCCAAUCUCCGCCGCGGCAGCAGCAGCAGCGGCGCCGCGGGGGGCGCGGCAGCAGCGGCAGCGCUGACGGGGAUCAAGGGGAGGACCAGGAUCGAGAUCAGGAUCAGGAUCGGGAUGAGGGUGAGGAUCAGGAGGAUCAGCAGGAGGAGGAGGAUGAGAUGGUGGCGGAGGAUGAGAGCGAGGAGCGGGUGGACGAGCAGGGGGUGCGGCUGGGGGCGCUGAGGGCUGAGCGCGAGGCGGCGGCGGCUGAAGCGGCGGCGGAGGCGGGCGGCGCGGCGGCGGAUAUGCUGGCGGAGGAGGCUGCGGCGGCAGGGGCGGCGGAGGAGGUGGCGGCGGAGGUGGCGGCGGAGGCGGUGGAGGCGGCGGAGGCGGCGGCUGCAGAAGAGGUGCCGCUCGCUGUGAAGGCAGCUGCGGCGAAGGCGAAGGCGAAGGCAAAGGGCGGCUGGCAGCGGCUGCAGCCGGGGGCGUCGCCAAGGCUGGAGCCGGGGGCGGUGGCGGGCGCUGCUGGCGCUGCUGCUGCUGCUGCGGCUAUGGGUGUGAAGGCUGAGGGCGGUGCGGAGGCGGCGCCGGGGGAUGUGGGGCUGGUCGGGGCUGCGGUGAAGGUGGAAGGGGCGGCGGAGGCAGAAGGGGCAGAGGAGGCGGAGGCAGCGGGCGUCAAGGCCGAGCCUGAGGCCAGUCCUGAUGCUGACGUCCACAUGGCGGAUGUCAUCAAGCCCGAGGUCAUCAAGCCUGAGGUCCGGAUCAAGGAUGACAUCGGCAACAUCAAAGACGAGGUCGGGGUCAAGGCCGAGGUCAAAGAUGAGAUCAAGCCUGACCCCAUGGAUGUCGAUGACGCCGCGCCCUCGCCCUCGCCCCAGCUACAGCCGCCCCAGCUACAGCAGCAGCAGCAGCAGCAGCGGUGGGCGCAGGUGCUGCAGCCCGGGCCUGUGGGGCCGGUGGGGCCCGUGCCUGACUUUGUGGACCUGGCGGGAGGCGGCGAUGGCGAGUACGACGAAGAGGAGGAGGAGGAGGAGGAUCCCACCACCGGCAUCUACACACAGGAGCAAUCCCCCGACAUCCUAUCCAUCACGGACGGCCCCUCGCCGGCAUCAGCCGCCGCCAGAGGCGGCGGCGGCGCCGCCGCAGGCGCGCACGGCAGCGGCGCUGCGGCGGCGGCGGCGCCGCCGCAGCCUCGGCCGGCGGGCGCGGGCGCCGCCGCCUCCGCCGCCUUCGGCGGCCGGGCCAAGGGCGUCAAGGGUGCCGAGGUGGUGUAUGCGCCGGAGCCGCCCGGGCUGCUGCUGGGGGGCACACUGGUUGUGUGUCCCACCAGUGUGCUGCACCAGUGGGCGCGGGAGAUCAAGGCCAAGGUGUCCCCCGCCGCGGGGCUGGUGGUGCACGUGUACCACGGCAAGGAGCGGGCGGGCAGCGCGAGGGCGCUGGCGGGCAUGGGCGUGGUGCUCACCACCUACGGUACACUGGCGCAGGAGGCGCCGGCCAGGGACAGGGCGGCGGCGGUGAGGCUGGGCGCGAGGCAGGGAGGCGGCGAGGACAGCGGAGGCGACGAGUAUGGUGGCGGCGGCGGCCGCGGCCGUGGUGGCGGCGGUGGCGGUGGCGGCGGCAGGGGCCGCGGCAAGGGCGGUGCGGGUGGCGGCAGCGGCGCGGGCGGCAUUAUCUACCAGGUCAAAUGGAGGCGUGUGGUGCUGGACGAGGCUCAGUCCAUCAAGAACCCGCGCACCCUGGCCGCGCACGCCGCCUGGGCGCUGCACGCGCACUGCCGCUGGUGCCUCAGCGGCACGCCCAUACAGAACUCCGUGGACGACCUGUACAGCUACUUCAGGUUCCUGCGCUACGCGCCCUACUGCGACCCGCGGCAGUGGCGCGAGCUGAUCAAGGGGCGCAUCACGUCCGACCCCUCCCGGGGGUACAAGUUCCUGCAGGCAGUGCUGCAGGCUGUGCUGCUCCGCCGCACCAAGCAGUCCACCCUCAACGGCGAGCCCAUCAUCCGCCUGCCGGGGCGGCAGCAGGCGCUGGUGCAGGAGCGCUUCAGCGCGGCGGAGGCGGCCUUCUACAGUCAGGUACAGCAGGAUUCCCUCAAGGCGCUACACGAGGCCCAGAGCCAAGCCGACACCACCACUGCCGCCGGAGGCGCAGCCGCCAAUGGCAGCGGCGGCGGCGGCGGUUCGCGGCAGUACGUCAACAUGCUGCACUCGCUGUUGAAGCUGCGGCAGGCCUGCAACCACCCCUGGCUGGUGCGGGGCGGCCGGCAGUGGCACAAGAGUGGCGCCCCCAGUGCUGCGGAGGUGGAGGCGGCGCGCAAGCUGUCGCCGGAGGCGCGGGCCGCGCUGGCGGCGGCGCUGGCGGCGGGCGGCGGCGGCGGCGGCGCGGGUGGUGGCGGCGACGUGCCGUGUGCCUGCUGUGGCGACAUUGCGGAGGCGCCUGUGGCGGCGGUGCCGUGCGGCCACGUGUUCUGUGCGCAGUGCCUGGCGGGGCAGCGGGAGGGAGCCGGUGUGGAGGGCGAGCUGCUGUGCCCCGCCUGCAGCCGCCUGCUGCGCCCCGCCGACCUGCACAGCGCCGCCGCACUGGCCGCAGCCGACCCGGCGGCAUUCGGGGGGCUGCUGGGCGGGCCGGCGCCGGGCGAGGGCGGCGACGGCAGCCCCGGUGCUGCCGCCACCUCUGCCUCCGCUGCCGCCACCGCCGCCACCUCUGCCACCUCUGCCGCCUCCGCCUCCGCCGCCUCUACCUCUGCCUCUGCUGCUGCCGGCGGCCCCGCCUGGACCAGCAGCGCCAAGGUGGAGCGGCUGAUGGCGCUGCUGGGGGAGGUGCGCGCGCGCAACAGCGCCUCGGCGGCAGGGGCCGGCAGGGCCGCGCCCUCCGCGCUCAACCCGCUGGCUGUCAAGUCCAAGUCCGACAGGCGGCUGGCGGGGGCUCUGAGGAAGCUCACGCCGCUCAGCGCCGGAGCACCCGGCAGCGGCGGAGCGGGACAGCCAGAGAAGGUGAUUGUGUUCAGCCAGUGGACGACCAUGUUGGACCUGCUGGAGAUCCCGCUCAAGAAGGCGCGCAUGGCUUUCCGCAGGCUGGACGGCACCAUGUCUGUGGCUCACCGGGAGCGGGCCAUCCAGGACUUUGAGUCCAAGAACGAGGUCAUGGUGCUUCUGACCUCGCUCAAGGCCGCCGCGCUGGGUGUGAACCUGGUGGUGGCCAACCACGUGGUGCUGAUGGACCUGUGGUGGAACCCGACCACCGAGGAGCAGGCCAUAGACCGGGCGCACCGCAUUGGCCAGACGCGCACGGUGUACGUGACGCGCAUCGUCAUCAAGGGGAGUGUGGAGGACCGCAUCCUGGAGCUGCAGCAGCGCAAGCGCGAGGUGGUGGCCGCCGCCCUGAGUGAGGGGCGCGACGGCUCCGCCGCCGCCGGCCGCCUCACCCUGGAGGACCUCAAGUUCCUGUUCCAGGGACUGGGCUAGCAGGGGAGCGGCAGUAGCAGGGGUGUAGCAGGGGUGUGGCAGUAGCAGGGGCAGGGGUGGCGGCAGUAGCAGCAGGAGGGCGAGGGGCUGUGUACAUAGGCAAGGAGGAGCGGGUGGGGUGCAGGCAGAAGUCAGCAGUAGGAGAAGACAGGAGCAGUGUAGACGGCAGUAGAGGCAGUAGAGACGGAAGUAGCAGAAGGCAGCAGCAGACGGCAUUAGCAGAAGGCAGUAGCAGCGUUUGGGGGGCUCGAAGGAGAGGGUGGCCCAGUGUUGAUGGGCGGGGGCAGCUGUGCGGGUGCAGGAUCACUGCGUGGCAGUUGGCGAUGGCGGUGGUGAUCAGUGUGCAGGGGCCGGCUCGCUGGGAGGGGGGGUAUCUCGUGGGGGUAAUCUCUAAAUAUACACCGGCACGGUUGUGGGGGCCCGCGAAGGCACGUCGAAGGACUCGGCAGGUUGUGGUUGUUGUUGCUGCGGUGUGCACGUGCUGCGAUGUGGAACAGGGGCAUGGGCAGGAUAUUACGUGUGCUGUGGCAGGAUGUGUGGCUGUCACCUCGGAUGGAGCAGUGCGGCUGUCACCUCGGAUGGAGCAGUGCCGGAGCGAGUGGGCGUGGUGUGAUGCGUUGGUGGGCCAGGCCAGGGGCCCUCCCUCCCUUGAGCCAGACCGCCAGAGCCUGUAGCAUUGCCGUGCCUGUAGCCCUGUGCCUGUAGCGCUGUGGGGCCUCCUACUACACAGCUGUGAACCCAACAUUCACUGGCCCCGGUGAUGCGCUUGCCGUCAAGUGGGCACGAGACUCGAAUUGUAUGGGCACGAUGCAGGCAAAUGCCCUGGCUCGCACGGCAUGUAACGACUGCUUUGC